AUGGAUGUCAGUCCUGAGACUAAACUUAGCAGCAGACAAUCCCCAGUUGGUUACAAGAGCUUUGAGGGCUUACCUCAGUUGACUGUGGAUGACACAUUGACCAAAGGGCAAAAUGGGAACUUUCAGAAUGAGCAUAACCGAAACACAGGUAGUUGUUCUGCUCCAGACCUCAGCAGUCUCCCAAAAGAAUUGCCCCUGAGACAUCUAGCCUCUGGGAGCCAGCUCCCUAACCUGGCUGAUCUAAGCUUGUCCUCCAUUAGAGAGAUGGAUAAGAACCCGCAGCCUGGGGGGCCAAGUAGGUGUGGCACUUGGCAGGAUGCCAUCAUACCCAUCUAUGCUGCCUCUCUCAUCAUUGCCAUAGCAGUCACCACCGCUAUGGUCCUGCAGAUUUAUCUAGGGACAAAUGAGCAGGUCUUCAGAGGGAGUGUGUUGGUGACGGACCAUGAACACUGUACAGAGCUUGGUCGUAGGGUGCUGAAUGAACAAGGCUCCAGUGUGGAUUCUGCCAUUGUUGCCACCCUGUGCCUGGGGAUAGUCCAUCCACAUGCAUCAGGUAUUGGCGGGGGAGGGGUGAUGCUGGUUCAUGACAUCCGGAAGAAUAUAAGGAAGGUGAUUAAUUUCCAGGAAACGGCACCCUCUGGAAUCAAGGAGGAGAUCCUGCAAAUUGACCCAGAGCUAAAGCCAGGUCUGAUUGUAGGUGUGCCAGGCUUGCUCAGGGGGUUGUACCAAGCCCAUAAACUGUAUGGAAGACUGUCAUGGGAGGAUAUUGUCACCAGGGCUGCCAACGUAGCCAGAGAUGGCUUUAAUGUCUCUCACAGACUUGCAGAGGCCAUAACCAAGGUGAAAGGUCAGAAUAUGUCAUUGCGCUUCAGGGACAUGUUCUUGCCAAGAGGCCAUGCUCUGUCCCCCGGCUCUCUUAUGAAAACACCAAGUCUGGCUGCUGUCCUGGAGGCUGGGGUGUCAGAAUUCUACAAUGGGACUCUAACACAGGAAAUGGCCAGUGAGGUGCAAGAAAAUGGAGGAAUUCUAACCAAGGAGGAUCUCAGCAACUACAGUGCAGUCAUAGAGCAGCCAAUUGAAGGCCUGUAUCAGGGAUUCAGAGUUCUCGUGCCGCCUCCCCCUUCUAUUGGUGCUGCUCUGAUCUCAGCCCUCAACAUUAUAGAGGACUUCCACCUCAAUGGGAAUUGUACAACGUAUAGAGCAAACCACUGGAUUGCUGAGUCACUGAAAGCGUCCCUGACUAUGGCUAGUGGGCUCGGAGACCCUGUGUAUACCUCAUCAGUUUCUGCACUCAUCUCCAAGAUGCUAAGCAAGCCACAGGCUAUAGUGCUCCGUCAGUUGAUUAGUGACUCGCAGGCAUCUCCUCCCAGACACUACUCUACUGUCUAUGACCUGCCGAGUGGAGCUGUGGCCAGCCAGGUGGUCGUGAUGGGUCCCGAUGACAUCAUUGUGUCUGUCACCAGCUCACUGAACAGGCCCUUUGGAAGUAGAAUUUUAACCCCUUCAGGCAUUCUCCUGAACAGCCAGAUCUUGGACUUCUCCUGGCCAAUUAAAACCCAGGGACUGUUAAUAUCUAACCUGACGAACAGGGUCCAGCCAGGCAAGCGGCCUCUGUCAUUUAUUAUGCCAACAAUUGUGAUACCGGCUCUAGGAAAAUGUGGAUCCUAUGUGGCCCUGGGAUCUUCUAAUGGAGAGUCCAGCCUCAGUGGUGUCACCCAGGUCUUGAUUAAUAUUUUAUCAUAUAACAAAAAUCUGAAUGAUAGCAUAUCACUGGGACGACUCCAUCCCCAACUUAAGCCGAGCAGACUCCUGGUGGACUCUGAGUUCCUGGAGGAGGAUGUGAAGGUGUUGCGUUUGAAAGGACACACUGUCUACAGGGUGGGGCUGCUGUCCCUGGUGCAGGGUGCCCAGAAAACCAACAACAUCAUUAGGGGCAUUGUUGACCCUCGUGCUGUGGCUGGCUCUGCCUAG